CAUUACAGUCUACAACAAAGUGCGACUGCAUCUUAUCUUAUCUUAUCCUCUUCCCGCUGUGCCCGGAUACUUCCUGCUCAAAGCUUAUUCUUAGUCAUGACACGGAAAGAGGCGGCCAUUUUUUCCCCCUUCUCGCAAAACAAACUAAGUACCUUGAGCAUCUCAAUUCUCAUUUUAUUCCCUUUCACACAUACCACUCUCUCUCUCUCUCUGCUCAACGAGGAGAAUCCCCGGCUGCUGCUUGUGAGACUUGACAUAUCAUUGAUAAUUUCCUUUUUACCCGAUUCUUUGUCUAUACUCGGGGUUCCACUCUUUUGCUUCGAGUGGCUAUAUUCUCCAUCUGGCAUAGCGAUUAGCUAGGUCGGUCAAUGUGGGGAUAGCUCCUCCAGCGAACCCGGGCAUCCCUAUUUAUUUAUAUACAUAUAUAUUUUUACUUUCUAUUAUUUUCUGGCUGUUCACUUCUUUUUUCUUUUUCUUUUUCUUUUUUCUUUUUUUUCUUUUUUUGAACAACUAGGCUAUUCCAGCCUCACCUCCUGCAUCAGAACUGCCUGAUAGCUAGCAGUCUUCGUGCAGCCAUAUCUCCGCCUCUGGACUCAGACAACGAGGGACAACGAGCUCUCUCUAAUACUUAGGCGAGGAGAAACCCUGAUCCUGUUCAUUUUCUGCGGCUCGAUUGUCCCGACUACCAUCCAUUUUGGCUGAAAGGCAAAGGGGUGCUUUACGCGUUACCAUCUUUUUGGGGCAGAGUACCCUAGGGAGCACGUCUGAUUUCACUAUCAUUUUACUAUUCCUUGUGAUUCUAAUACCUACUUUCUAAUUGCCGCCAUGACGCGUAAUAAGCCCAAGGUCAAGGGUCCGGGACGUAUUUUAUAUAUUGACGCCUAUGACUCGUUUAGCCGUAACGUCGUUGAUCUGAUCGAAAGUACGCUAGAUGUUGUGGUCGCCGUUAGGAAGAUUGAUGAUUCCGAAUGGCCAGAGGACAGAGAGACGUUUAUUAAUGGAUAUGAUGCUAUUGUCGCCGGUCCCGGGCCGGGGACCCCAACAAAUCCAAAGGAUGUGGGUAUUAUGGGUGAUAUAUGGGAGUUGAAUGUUCCCGUUUUGGGUAUUUGUCUUGGGUUUCAAAGUCUCUGCCUGAACUAUGGCGCAUCUAUCCGCAAGCUCCCCGAACCCCGCCAUGGGAAAGUGGUUACAUUUGCGCAUUCUGGAACGGAUAUCUUUGAUAACUUGCCCGCAAGUCUUGACGUUACGCUGUAUCACUCGUUACAGGUGGAUUUGGAACAUGAACUAGAAGCGUCUGGGGACAUCUCUGACCGCCAGCUAUGCUGGAGUUCAAGUGCAAAGUGUCCAGAUCUGGUACCUCUCGCGUGGUUCCGUGAUGGUGCAACACCUGGUGAAGCUAACCUGAUGGCUGUUCGCCAUCGCGCGAAGCCCUUGUGGGGUGUGCAGUUUCACCCUGAAUCCUGCAAAUCCGAUAUAGCCUGUCGUGAUAUGAUCAAGAACUGGUGGACGUCUGCUGUUGAGCACAAUUCUAAAUUUCGGAAUGUUACCAAGGGGCCGUUCAAAUUUCGUGAUCCCUUAGCUAUAGGCGAUAUCCCUUUCGAGACCAGCGAUGAAAUUCUCGAGUGGUGCAGUUCGUCAACUAACACAUCAUCAUAUCGAACCUUCGAUCGCGGUUACUUGACAACGGCAAAAAUAUGCGAACUUGUCGAUGCCCCAGAGGCAUCAUGUGUCGUUCUAGAUUCGAACUCGAAGUACAGCAUUAUAUCCGUUCUUAGCCCUGGCUCAUGGUCACUCGAGUACUCCCUUUCCACGCGAACCAGUACCUUCUCCCGUUUAUCCGGCUUAAAGUCGAGUAAGGAAUACCGCCAAGAACAUUACCAAGUUUGGGAACUCUUGCGUCGCAUCCUCUCCAAAAAGAAGGUUUUGGACGGAUGUAGUUCUCUACCUUUCUGGGGUGGUUUUAUGGGCUAUUUUUCUUACGAAAUGGGCCUUGCUGAUCUGGAUAACGAGAUGACCCCGGAAAUGACGAGCAGCGAUGGCACUACGGAUGUGGGUCUGCUGUGGGUUGAGCGAAGCAUUGUGAUCGACCAGAAGGCUCAGCAAAUUCACGUUCAGUCAAUUCGAGAGUUUGACGAGCAGCCUGGUGAAUGGAUAGAUCUUAUAACGAAACGGCUUCUUGGAUUCGCAUAUACAAACUCAAUGGAUAGUAUCAUGCUCAAUCUCGCGGUGACUUCGCAUCAUAAGGUCGAGGAUAGCAACUAUCUCCUGCGGAUGAAGUAUUCUGAUGAGCAACUCGCGAACAUGAUGGUCAAGGGAUCCAGAAUCAUCAAGCCUGACGAAUGUGUUUACAAGGCGAAAAUUGCAAAAUGCCAAGAGUAUAUUCGUGACGGCGAAUCCUAUGAGCUUUGCUUGACGGAUCAAACAAAGGUGGCUCUCCCCCGAUGCCAAUACAGGCAAGAGGCGACCCUCCGUCCUUGGAUUUUGUAUAAGCGACUUCGGAAAUAUACCCCAGCCACCUACGGCGCGUUCGCGAGAAUCGGCAGCGCCGCAAUCAUCAGCAGCAGUCCUGAGUGCUUCUUGCAGUAUGACAGGAAUUGUCAAAUCGACAUGAAACCGAUGAAGGGCACCGUCAAGAAAAGUGAGGGUAUGACGCUGGAAAAAGCCAAGGAAAUUCUAAAUACGCCGAAGGAGAUGGGCGAGAACUUGAUGAUUGCAGAUCUAGUGCGGCAUGACCUAUUCAAUGUGUGCAACUCUGGUGGCGUGACUGUCCAUAAACUGCUUGAAGUGGAAGAUCAUGGCCGGGUCUAUCAGCUCAUCACUCAUGUCAGGGGUAAUCCGCAGACUGUUGCGCCAGCUGCGAAGCUACGAGAAAAAACCACACCGCAUGAUUAUUCCGCUCUUCGUGAAUGUCUACCCCCGGGAUCCAUGACUGGUGCGCCAAAGAAACGAUCAUGCCAAAUUUUACAGAAAAUUGAAGGAGAGAAGCGCGGUAUCUACUCUGGUGUGAUGGGCUACUUUGAUGCUGGGGGUCAGGCAUGCUUUUCUGUUCUCAUCCGCACUGCAUAUUGCUGGAGCAACACCACGGAUAAGGAAGAGGUGUGGCGCAUUGGGGCUGGAGGGGCAGUCACAGCGCUGAGUACCCCCGAGGGGGAGUGGGAUGAGAUGGUCACGAAGCUGGACACGGUCUUGGGGAUAUUCCGCAGUUCAGCAGAGGGCGAUGAGAAUGGGGAUGCGGAUGCGGAUGCUUGUGUGAAUGGAGAUGGAAAUGCUGCUGAUGCUGGUCAGCAGAAGAAAAGAUCUGUGCUGCGGGACAUACUCCAUGAUUAUCCCGGAUAUGGUCCGGAUCCCAAGUACGCCCAUGGAAGCAUACGCCAUACAACAAUCGAGGAUGAGCACGAUGAUUCUUCGUUGUCUGCAAAUGAGAAUAAACCCACGUCUCCUAGCCGAUAGAACUCGGGGAUUUAAGGGGUAGGGUAAAAGAUGGAUGGUUUCGGAACCUCUCUAUUUUACAGUAUAUUUCAAGGUUCUCGUUUUAUUCUCUCGUUUUAUACUUUUGGUCAACCGUUGAACAUCCCUACCCAUUCAUCAUUCAUUAGGUAGACGGCAUGGCAUUGCAUAUAAUAAAUUAGAUAUUUGGGGUUGGAGGCGUUUCAACACAGCGUGGGUUUCAAGUUUUUUGUUUGCGUGUACUAUUAUUAUUCCUGAUAGAAUAUUUUUAGAAGAUUGAUCCCGUUUUACAGGUCUACAAGCUAUUGUUUUUUGUUUCGGGCUAGCUAUUUCUUACUAGCUUACAUCCUUGGAUUUUGUAGGCUACUGGGGCAAAAGAGCUCAGUCACCACCAGCGCUGCUGGUAGAAGCGCCGAUCAACCCGGGACCCUCAACAGAUUUUUCAAGGCUUAUUGCUGUAAACCGUCCCUUUUCCCACCACGCUCUACACCACCAUCGC